UUAUUUGACAUGGGUUCGAAUCAGUCAGAAAGAAAUCCUAUAUCAGUAAUUUAUAGACUAAACGUUUUGAAAGAUAUAAAAGAAUAUAAGUUCUCUGAUUUUAAUGAUCGUAAAAAAAUUGGUCAUGGUGCAUUCGGCGAAGUGUUUUCAGCAGAUUUUCAAGGAAAAAUAUUUGCUUUAAAACGAUUACACAAAGAAAAUUUAAUUGAUAAAAUGAUAGUUCGUGAGCUUGAAGCUCUUUAUGAAGCUGAUCAUCCUAAUAUCAUUAAAUUUUAUGGAAUUUCAGAAGCAGUUAAAUUCAUAACAAAUAAUAUUAAUAAUACUCAAUUAACUAUUCCAGUUGUUAGAACAGAUCAACACCUCGAAUUUUUCGAAGAGGACAAUGAUUAUGAAGAUUCUAUAAAUAAUAAAAGAAGUUUAUCGAUUAGAUCAGUUGUUGAAAUAGAUCCACACCCUGAAUUUAUUGAAAAGGACAAUCUUAGCAGAAACUUGAAUUUUCAUUAA